AUGAAGGUGCCUUUUCUUCAACAGCAGGCUCAACUCGAGAAAGGCCAUUCUCGAACCACUUCACAACCGGGGUCCUUACCGUUCACCACGGAUCUCAAGGCAAAGCUGCUGCCUCUGACCCAAUACAGCUACAGCAUACCGAACCCUCUGGCGAGAGCCCUCAAGCUCGUCGCCGCCGUCCUCGUCUUCGUGGUCUUGUGCUUGAACCUACCUUCGAGGCGACCCUACGCGACAAACUUGGUCCUUGAGACGGCCGACUUGCGUAAUGGCGCCCUUGUCUCUGUCAAGCCGGUCAGGCCGUCACAUGCCGCUGACGACCUGUCCAAGCCCAUCAAUGAAAGCACCCACGACGCCCACCCUACUACGACCCACGUCAUGAACUGCAACACCGACAUGGGCAGGCUCCGCGAAAUCGGGGCCGCCCACGAUCUCGGGGACCAGAUCGAGUACCUCAAGCACUACAUUCGAUUCACGCGCAAACCCAUCGAACGGCGGUCCUAUACCGUGCUGCAACAGAGCCUGCUGCCCGACAGUAGCGAAGUAGGCCAGAGCUUCCGCACGCUACGACUGUCCGAGAGCAACGUCCACGAGGCUGAAUGUCGCAAGCCUCUCGACCUUGAGGUUCCCCAGUCACUCUUCCCCGCCAAUGUCGACCUCUCCGACUACAUCUUCGCCCUUACUACGACUUUCAAGCGCCUCAAGCACCCCAAAACGAUCGAAGAGUGGGCCUACUGGCUGACAGAUGGCAACGGCAGGACGAACGGCGGCAAACUCCUCGUUCGGCUCACUGACGCCUCCGACGUGGAGCUCAGAGACGUGACCCAGCGCCUCGCCGAUGUUGGCAUCGACGCCGAACUCGAUCUCUCGGGAGACGCGGCAGGCUUUUAUGAGAGCGGCCUCAAACCCUUCAGUAUCCAUCAUUUCAAGGGUCACAAGAAGUGGUGGCACGCCUCGUUCCCGCUCAACACGACCAAGAUUGCCCGCACUUGCGGGGAGGACUGCUCUUACCAACGCUUCGUCACCGCCGAUAACUUUAUCAUCUCCAACGGAUACAGUGUCGCGCAGUAUCCUCAAGGCAUCGACUUCGACCUCAACCAGAUCGAGGGCACCUUCCGCUCAGACAUCAAAUUGGACAGAAAGAACAACGGGUGGGCCUUUGACUACACCUUCGGCCCCCAGCGACUGCCACUCAGCAAGACGGGUAAAAAGAUGGCCUGGGACAUCUACGAUUCGCAGUACCUUGAAGACGGGUCCGUCUCACAGGUCUAUGUCCGGAAGAAGGACGACGAGCGAUGGACGACGAAGGAGGGAAAGCCCAUGAAAACCCUUGAUGGUAUCAUUGAGCUUAUAUGGAUCCCAGCAUGA